AAUAUCGUUUGUGUUGUUGUUUUUGUGUAUGAUUUUAUUAUUGUUUUCGAUCAUCAACAUUUGUUUCAAAAUUUGAAGCAUUUUCAUCAUUUGUAAUAAUGUCACUGCCUUUGAUCAAUAUUGAAUCCGAACUUCGACAAUUAAUGGUCAAAUCAAAACCAUAUAUGGCCAAAGAAAUUGUCACACAACAUAGUACAACAAUGCGUGGAUGGAUCCAGGAUGAGCAACAAAUUGUCAAUAAAUUGUAUCAACAAAUGGAACGUAUCAUACGUUUACAUGGUACAAUGUUACCAGCAAAAUUAUUCAAUGAAUCUCGUGAAUGUUUGGAAGAACUUGAGGAUUAUAUUUUUCGUCUUAAAGAUGCAAUGUUUCAUUUGAGUCGUAUUGCUGGCCGAUAAUCAAUG